AUGACAGAUGAGGAUAGGUAAGAUANAUAAUGAUAAAUAAGUUUUUGGAAAUUUUUCAAUUAGAAAACCAAUUAGCAUGCAUAUUAUAGGUUUAUGUAAUUCUAUUUCAAAUAUUAGAAACAUAUUAAAAAAUUAGAAAUUAAUCUUGAAAAUCCAUUUUUCACUCAAAAAUGAAAUUUAAACUAAAAAUACCAUGCAAAUCUCAAUAGCAGUAGCCAAUUCGGCAAUUGGCUCUAAUUAUAUAAAAAACAGACCAUAGUUCAGCUAUCAGAGCAGAGCAUAUAUCCAAAUUGAUGAAAAAUAAGGUAAUAAUAAUAUAAAAUCAAAUUUUUAGAUUGGGCAAGUUUUUAAAUAAUAAGAACUUCAAAAUAGCUUUGGAAAAUAUUCAAACAUACUAAUAAUGCCAACCUUUGGGAUUUUAGAUUCCGAACUUAUUCUGAAUAAAAUAUGAAUGAUUAAUGUGUAAUACGCGCUAAAUCCUAUUCGUUUGCUCUUCACCAAAUUACUCCUGUAAGCUAAACUAUACCUGUAGAAAACUUAAGUCUAUAAAAUUGA